GUAGGUAGUUUGACUCUGAAAUUAUGUGCAGUAGGUAUGUAGGGUAGUCAAAGUCUAUACAUACCUAUGUAGAUACUGUAAUAACAUCUCAUUUAAAACUUUGUAUAAAUAUUAUCAAGGACAAGUAUUUAAUAAUAACGCUGUAAUUAGUAAAACAACCUUGAGCCUACACUUGACCAUCAAAAACUAAUUAAUCUGAAUAUAUUAUUAACAUUUUUAGUACACUGUUUAAGGGUAGAUACAUAAUUAUAGGGUUUGCACCCUGUGUACUACAAUUGACCGUUAAUUUGUCAGCCAUUGAUAGGUAUAAUCUAUGUGACAAGGUGAACAGUUAAACGCCGCCAUUAGGUGGGUACUGCAGCCCGUCAAAUGGUGGUCACUGGUUACUUUAGUCGAAGAGUAUAAUAAGUAUAGGGUUCUAGUGCAGUUUGUCAGAAGAGAAUUUUCGUUGUUAUUUGUAUAUGUACUGUUCUGGUGUACAAUACAAUUCUGGAAUAUUCACCUCGAUAAAAGAUAAAUAGCAGCCGUAAAAUUGGUUCUGAUUGAUUCAUCGAGGAAAUUAUUGUUUUCUCUUUCAUCAUGAAACAAUCUAAAGUGAGCAAAGCGAUCCAGCAAUAUUUCAAGAACACAACACUGCACGGUUUCAAAUAUUUGAGCUCCGUGCAUUAUGUUGAUCGGUCCUUAACGAGCGUGUAUGGCAGCGUGGUGUGGGUGGUGUGGUGCUGCGCGAGCGCGUGGUGCGCGGGCAGCCUGUGCGUGGUGCUGUGGCGGCGGUACCUGCAGGUGCCGGCGCUGCUCGUGCUCUGCGACGACGACGCGCGCACGCUCUCAUACUCGCGCUAUGGCGUGCCCACCGUCGCCGCCUGUCUACCACCCGAUGUCGUCGCUGAUAUGUUCCUGCAUAGACUGUCAUCAAACUCGACGUUAACAGAACAGAUACCCUCAUCGUUAGCACGGGUUCUAGCUGGAAAACCAACGUUAACAGAUCAACUAGAAUUGUUUGAUGAUCUCCUGGCUUCAAAUAAUACGACUCUAGCACAUAUGAUGAUGAACCAUGCUCCCAAUUGUGAUGAGGAGGCGAUCAUAAAGUGCAGGUAUCAGAAGAGAAUGGUGCCGUGCCAACAACUGUUUGAGAAGACGCUCACUUACUGGGGAGUGUGCUGUGUCAUGAGGCCUGAGAAAUUACUCCCAAAGUUCAACACUGGGCUGGUGAGCAGGUCUCACACGAUGCAGUCCUUGGAGUUGGUGCUGCAGUGCAAGCGUGGCCCUUUUCCAUCUGUUUGCCAGUUUCUAACGUAUUACAAAGGCGAGGAGUGGGUGCAGCCUAAUAUCCUGCACCCCAGCAACUACUACAUGGGGCACCUGGUGUUCACACUCAUACCUGACGAGUCGACCAGCCUCGUGGAGACCGUCUGUUCGCAUGACCCAAACUACUCUCGAACUCAUUGUAUGCGGAAAUGUGCAGAGAAAUCCUGUGGGUGUCGCGAUCCUCUGUUUAAACAUGUAAAGAGUGACUCAGAGUUACCUGUUUGUAGCACCGCGCGCCUCAUCUGCUUGAGAUCACAUGACCUUAAGCAACAUGAAAACAUAUCCUGCAGCUGUCUCCCACCUUGUAGGAAGAUUACCACUACAAUGGUACUAGAAUCGAAUCCAAUGAACCAGAUCAACAAUACUAUCGAUAAUUUAUUCUCUGGAAUCGAUGUAGCGCGGUCUGUAGUGAUGAACUUAAGAGUAAAUCUGCACCAUUCGCAAGUAUUUCUACUGAACCCCACUGAAACAUGGGUCACUUUAUUAUCAUCCUUAGGAGGGGUAUUCAACAUGUUCCUGGGUGUCGGAUUGUUUAGUGCUUUGGAGUUGAUAUAUUUUCUUAUGAUAAAGUUACCAGUAGCAAUAAGGAAGUCUUCUGAAGUUGAUCAUACAAAUAAGUACACUACGCCAGUUACUUUAAGGUAAAUUAUUGGAUACCAGCCCCUGAAUUACUUAGGUCACAAUGAAUAUUUGUGGUCUGAGAAAAUUAGAAAGGAUGAGUAAUGACGUGAAAUGGAAUAUUAUUGGAAUAAAAUAAAUAUGUUCU